CUCCUCGCCCCGCGCCCCUCGGGCGUCCCGCAGCGCGCCUGUUCGUGUGGCGGAGGCGAGCCGGGGUCGGGCGAGCUGCGGGCGGCCGUCUCUCUUCAGGUGGGUGCAGGAGGCGGCCGGGACGGGGCGUCCCUCACUGCGCACAGAGCUACGAGCCCGCCGGGCCGGCCGCCGGCUCCGCGGCACGUUGGGCUUCCCUCACCGCCCGCUGCGGGGCUGGGGCGCGCUGAGCCCCGUGCGGGAGCGUCCCCGCAGCCCGGUGUUGAGGGUGCGGCGGCGGAGGGCGGGGCUGCGUCCGUAGCGCUCGGGCGGGAGCCGGGUGAGGGCCGGGGCUCGUCGCGGUGGAGCGCGGCGGGCGUCCGGUCCGGGUCUCACCGCCGGGACGGCGCUGCGGUGCCGCGUCUGAAGGCGGGCGUGCCGCGUUCCUCUUGGCGUCUGUGGCGCUCCGUUGUUGCCCGCCAGACGGCUGCAUCUGUACCUCUGGAUGGCGGAAUGCGACGUGCGGUGCGCGGUGCCGAAACGCGGGGCGCUCUUAGCUAAAGACAGGAGCUCCGUCGCUGCCCUGCGCCGCAUGCUUGUCCUCAUCCCUCCGCUCAGUUACGCAGACGGGGCAUGGAAGAAGCUGUUUUUGGUCUUUCCUGCACUGGACCCAACUGGAUACAGCAACUCAGUUCCACUGACAGCACAGACCACAUUUUCUACUGGAAAUAAGCAGCUGCAAAAAUGUGUUCUCCUGGGCCCAGGAACUGAAGAUACAUAGGACAAUGCACAGUGUAUACCCUGAUGACAUUUUGUGUGCUGUCACACAGUUUUUGCCAUGGCAUCUGAGACUGAAAAGGCCCAUGCUCUUCUCCAGACUUUCAGUGCAGCUUCAGUUAUUUCUAGUUUAGGUUUGGGAAUAUUCUGCUUUGCAGCAGACAGGCUUCUGCAGGUUUCCUUCGUUCAGCAGAAUGACUGGCUCCGAGCCUUCUCUGAUAAUGCAGUGCAUGGUAUACUGGGAAUGUGGUCCUGGGCCAUAGUGAUUGGGCUCAGGAAGAAAAGUGACUUCACUGAAGUUACGCUGGCUGGCUUCCUUGCCUCUGUCAUUGACUUGGACCACUUCUUACUUGCUGGCUCCCUGUCAUUAAAGGCUGCUCUGAGUCUUCCCCGGAGACCACUCCUUCAUUGUUCUACUGUGAUUCCUGUUGUGGCUCUGACAUUAAAGCUUAUUAUGCACCUUUUCAGGCUUAAGGACUCGUGGUGCUUUCUUCCUUGGAUGUUGUUUAUAUCCUGGACUUCUCAUCACAUCCGUGAUGGGAUUCGUCACGGCCUCUGGAUCUGCCCAUUUGGAAAAACUCCUCCUUUGCCAUACUGGCUCUAUGUGGCAAUUACAGCAUCUUUACCUCAUCUCUGCUCAUUUAUUAUGUAUUUAACAGGGACUAGAGAAUUAAUGUCUAUAAAACAUGGAAUCCACAUUGACGUAUAAGGAUGAUGUAUCUUAGUCUUCUGUAAGGCACUUGAAACAGGCCAUGCUUGUCACUGGAAUGGUUUCCUUAUGUUCCCUGUGAAUUCCAAGCCAGGCAUUUGAAGCCAGUUAAGCUCCUAUGUCAAUUCCUUGUGAUCACAAUAACCUGUUCAAUAAAUGGUAUUAACAUUUCA